UGGCAGGGGAAAGCAUUUGGCCCAGGAGAAAGCCGCUGGAAGCGAUAGCUGUUGGACUCCUCCGAGUUAUUUCCCCGAGUCGGUGCGUAGUGAGAACUUCCUCCCGGGAUGCCCUUUCGGGGGGAUGCGGGGCUGAGCACAUGGCUGCCUCCCCUGGGUCUGCCCCGCGUCUGUCACAGCACCGCCUGCCAAGGGGCCUGCCGGCGCCUGCUCUCCUUUCGGAGUGCUAAUCUGACCCCAAGAAAACUUUAGCUGGGCGAGGGAAGGAGGCUGCUCCAAAAGGCAUUGCUGCAGGGAGCCUCUGGGAGUUCCGGGGUGAAGAGAUCUGCCUUGAUGUGGAGACCUCUGCUAAAGGUGAAGACCUCCUAACGGGCCAGACAGCCUCAGCAGGAGUUCAGAAAUCUUACAGCAAGAAUCCCUGGAGCAUUACUUUCCCCUGUCUAGAGUGUGGACAAGAGUUUGGCAUUCUGCUUUCACAGAUCGCUGCCGCUCGCUCGUGGAGCGCAGAGGGGACGGCCAGACUCCCACAUCUUUCAGUGAGAAGAAAGGAGCCAGCGGAGCAGAAUAAUACGGACUUGUGUCGGGUGCCCUUGCCCUACAAAGGCUGCCUUUAAAAGAGAAACGCAGUGCUAUUUAAUGAGCUGUGAGAUGAGGCACUGCUGCUAACGCUCAGAUCCCGGGAUUCAUCGGCUAUUCAUUGUGCUUAAUGUACAUGUUUCUGCACCGUGCAUUCAGGAGAUCCCAGAGAAGAAUCCAAAACGGCUGCGGGGGAAAGACCACCAAACAUGCCUACAGAAACAUUACCGACAGGUAGCAUGGUGAAGCCGGUCAGCCCCGCCGUGACUUUCACAUCUGCCGUUCCUCUCCGCAUCCUGAACAAAGGACCUGACUAUUUUCGCAGGCAGGCGGAGCCUAAUCCAAAAAGACUGAGUGCAGUGGAGAGGCUCGAAGCCGACAAGGCGAAAUACGUCAAGAGCCAGGAGGUCAUCAAUGCCAAGCAGGAGCCUGUGAAGCCGGCGGUACUGGCGAAGCCGCCGGUCUGUCCUGCAGCCAAGCGAGCGCUGGGGAGCCCCACCUUAAAAGUCUUCAGCAACAAUGCAAAGACUGAGAGUGGAGUCCAGAGAGAAAAUCUGAAGCUCGAGAUUUUGAAGAACAUCAUCAACAGCUCCGAAGGCUCCAGCUCAGGUUCAGGGCAUAAGCACGGUCCCCGAAAUUGGCCACCCCACAGGGCCGAUUCGACAGAGCUGAACCGACACUCGUUUGCCGAGUCCUUGAAGGUUUACCCCACGCAGGGCCGGAGCAGCCCCCAGGAGAGCAGCUCCAAUGUCAGCAGAAGGCUCCUAGAUCAGUCAGCAGAGACUUUCUUGCAUGUCUCUCACAGCUCUUCAGACAUUAGGAAAGUAACUAGUGCAAAGCCCUUAAAAGCAAUACCCUGCAGUAGUUCAGCCCCACCUCUGCCUCCAAAGCCCAAAAUCGCUGCCAUUGCCACCCUGAAAUCCCCAGAGAUUGAGGCAGUGGAGUCUGGAUGCGGGGUUAGUAGAAGACCCUCCCUGCAGCGGUCAAAAUCAGACUUAAGCGACAGAUACUUUCGCGUUGACGCAGACGUUGAACGAUUCUUUAACUACUGCGGACUGGAUCCUGAAGAGCUUGAAAACCUUGGGAUGGAAAACUUUGCAAGGGCUAACUCUGAUAUUAUAUCCCUCAACUUUCGCAGUGCAAGCAUGAUUAGCUCAGACUGUGAACAGUCUCAGGACAGCAACAGUGACCUUAGAAAUGAUGACAGUGCCAAUGACCGUGUGCCAUACGGCAUUUCUGCCAUUGAAAGGAAUGCCAGAAUCAUCAAGUGGUUAUAUAGCAUCAAGCAAGCUAGAGAGUCACAGAAAGUGUCCCAUGUGUGAGAGAGAAAUCCACCGUAGAAAAAAGCAAGGACUGUAUCUUUGUCUGUGAAUAUUCAGUUUGUGAAGGGUUGUGAAGUCUACUUGAAGUCUUGUACCCUUCUCAAAUCUCUUUGUGUUGCUUGUUGUGCAAUGUUUCCAAGUUGCAUGCCUGUCAACAUGUGAGCUGACCUGGCUUCCACUUGAACAGUAACUAACUACAAAGCCUGGCUGAGCAUACACAUUAUCUGCCAAAAGUUUAAGACAAGAAUCUGGUUAGGGCUUCAGUAUAAUCAAAGUGUUUACAUGGAAAGGUUAUUUGACUUCUUUGGUAUUUAUGUGGUUCCUCGUGGAUUUUAUAUAUGUCACUUUUUGUCUUAAUACAGAUAUUGUCAACUGACUUUGCUUGUUUCCAAGUUGAAACAAUCCCUUUGGGGGGAAGAAAAGUGGAAUUGGCCGAAAUACGAAGUUUAGGCAUACAACGAUAGGCAGAGCAGCCUUAUCUCUUGUAGAAAGUGCAUUAUUGGCACACGAAAGCUGUUUCUAAAAGGCAAAGAAUGCUAUGUUCUUAAAUUAUGUAUCGUUGUUAAACUAUAUAUCCCUACUUGUAGUAAGGCACUGUUCAGUAAAAGUUUCUUUUUCCUAGGUAAGCUCCCUCUGUUUUACAGCAGAAGUAGUCUAGUGAAUCUGCUUGACCUCUCAUAAUCUAAAUGAGACUUGCAUUUGGGUUGGUGUAAGCAUUUUAAUGAUUUUGUAUUAUACCAGUUGGAAAAGCUUAAAGAAGGUUGGAGUCAACAGAUGAAAAUGGCGCAGGUGCAGGAUUUUGUGGGUUUGAUUUUUACUCAAAGAUUCCUGGUCUUAAACUUUUGACAGGAAUAAUUAGAUCCUAUAGCUGAUAUUGAAUGCCUUUAUUAGUCAAAACACAUCAUGACUACAAACUCCAUGCUGUCUUAAUUUUUUUUGUAGACCUAUUUGAAGAGUUAAUGAACAAAAAUGGAAACACACAGCCAUAUCAAUAUAACGCCUCCUAUUCAGAAGUAAAUACACUCAGUAGCUGAACUAUAUCUGAAAAAAUGUGAUUAUGUUGUCUUGCAUAUGUUAUAUCUAAGGCUGUGAAAGUUUGUUCCAGCUCUAGGAAAGUGUAGAAACAUGACAGUAUGUAGCUUUUCUUUUCUCUUUUUUUUUUCCUCCUUAAGAUGGUUAGUGCUGCGAAUCAACCUGUUACAAAUCUUUCAACAAUCUGUCUUCCCAGUGGUUUUAAUUAACUGUCAUUUCAACUGACAGUGGUGGUGUGGUAGUGGAGAAGUUGAAAGUACAGUGAUCUGCUUCAUUAUUAUUGUAUUCAUGCUUUGAAGUAAAUUGCAGCACUACCUUAUACUACAUCAGCUAAUAGGAAACUUUUUUUAUUGUGUAAAUGCUGUAAGACUUUGUAUAUACUUCAGUUGUUACAAAAUCUUUAAAAGGAAGAGUGUUAUGCUAAUAAAUAGCUCCUGGUGCAGGUAUGGUAGGGUUUUUUUUGUUCUUAUUUUCACCCCUCCCAUUCUUAAAACUGUAUCAGGAACUCAAUUGCAGUGUGUUCUAGUGCUGUAGAAGGUCUUGGUUAAAUAAUAGUUCCAGUAAAAGGUUUCUUUUACUAAAGUGCUUUUCAGAAUAUAAUUUUUUAUAAAAUAACUAUAGCAGCAUGAUCUGUCUGAAGAACUAGAAGAGAUUUUCAAGACUCCUAAAAUAGCUUGCUUCUUCCUUACCUAGCAAUGUUACUGUUCCCGUUUAUAGCAUCUGUUCCUAAUGAAUCACCGCAGUCUUCUGAAUUAUUCUUCAGUAGUGCUUAUUUAUAUAUUUGAAUAUUAAAGAUGUUUUACAAAGUUGGGUUCUCUCUUUUCUCUGAGAAGCCUGUAGCCCAGCUUAUAACAGAUAGCUACAGUUAAUGCAGGCAAGACUGGAAGCGGAGCCAUGCAGUCAUUUGUUUCCUACGGAAUGAUCCUACAUCCAGUUUUAUAUAAUUGUUCUCUAAAUGUUUGUUUAUGGAGGGAGGGAAGCACACAUUCAGUUUCAGCACACAUUCAGCUUCAGGAGGCUACUCUGUGAUUUUUACAGUUGACUUCACAACCUAAGACUUAUAACAUUCCUAGCUCAGACAAAAAAAAAAAAAAAAAAAAAAGAGGAGCUCUGUAUUUCAGCUACAGGCCCAUUUGUGACAUUUUAAGCUCCAUGGGUUUCAGUUGGCAUUGACAUCACACUGGUUUUUCAAGCAUAUUUUUCCAAUAGUAAGUUCUACUCAGUUCAGUGACUGUUUUGCCAAGGAAAAUAAUGCUUGAGGGAUUGAAGCCAAGUGUAAUGCAGCUGUACAGCAAUGAAAUAAAGAAGUUAAAACCAAAAUAAAAAAUGCACCCACA